UGUGUAUGGUCGUUAUCAGCGUAUGGCUGAUGCCAUUGCUGCUCGGGCGGCAGACAAACAGGAAAACCCAUUUUGGUUUUCUAUCUGCGAGUGGGGCUGGCAACAACCAUGGAUCUGGGGCAAACGACUUGGACACAGCUGGCGCAUCAAUGGCGACAUCAAACCAUGGUGGAACUCGCUCGCGGCAAUCAUUGACAAUGCUAGCUUCCAAUACUGGGCAACCGACUUUUAUGGCCACAACGACAUGGACAUGCUGGAGGUUGGUAACACUGGCCAAGGUGAUCCAAUUGGCAACCUCACGUAUGACGAAGCGAAGAGCCACUUCACCGUAUGGGCCCUCCUCAAAAGUCCGCUCUUCAUCUCCACAAACUUGCCCAACACAACCGAGGAGGAACGCGACAUCUUGAAGAAUCCCGACAUCAUCAAGAUUCACCAAGAUCCCAAUGUCGGAGAAUCGAUCGCACCCUUCCGCUGGGGUAACGAUCAGCCUGACUUCGUAUCGAAUGCCACCCACCCAGCACAAUACUGGUCCGGCAACAGCAGCUACGGUGUUGUCUUCAUGCUACUGAACAACCUCGAUAUUUCCCAGGACAUGUUCUUCAACCUCACCGAAAGCUGGGCGAUUCGCGCCGGCCGCCUCUACGAUGUAUACGACAUGUGGACGCACACAAAUAACGGAACAGCGCUGCGCAACAUGACUGUCGCGCUGCCGCCACACGGCGUCGUGGCACUGUUGUUGAAUGAUGCGGGACCAGAGUCAGACCCGAGCGCGUUGGGUCUACCGUAUUGUGGGAUUUACUGGCAGUGCACUUGGCCAAACGGGACGUACUACAGUAACUGAGAACGAGAGGGUGACAGUGAUGUGAUUCUCUCUGCUAAGGAUAUAUUUGGAGCUCAUAUUCGCAUCCAAAACGGAGGCCGUCUUCCGUGACAAAAACGC